AAGAACAGAUGAUACAAGCUUACUGGUAACACUGCGACGCUCACUGUUCUAGCGUGCGAAGUGUUAUUACUGUCCUUUGAAUUGUUACUCUAGUGUUAUUGGCUCGUUGUUUUUAGUCACCCUAUAAUUCUGUUUAAUCGUAGAAGGCAAUGGCCGAUAUAUCUAUCGAACCACCCAAUUCUCGUUUAUUUAUUCUUUGCUCUAAAAAUCUGAAUGAAACUGAUCUUCAGCAAGCCUUCGAUCAUUAUGGCAAUGUGGAAGAUAUUUGGAUUGUCAAAGACAAGAAUACAAAUGAAUCUAAAGGAGUUGUUUAUAUUAAAUAUUCGAAGUCCUCAGAAGCAGCUUUGGCAAUGGAAGAAAUGAAUGGAAAAGUAAUAGCCAAUGCUCCCAAGCCCAUCAAAGUUAUGAUAGCUCACAGUCGUGAGCAAGGAUCAAAGAAAGAUGAUGAUCCAGAAAGAUUGCUGAGGCUUUUUAUUGUUGUUCCUAAAUCAAUGACAGAAGAAGAGCUGAGAGAACAUUUCAAACAAUUUGGUGAAGUUGAAUACGUUUCAAUUGUUAAGAAUAGAGAUACUGGUGAGAGCAAAGGUGUAGGUUACGUGAAAUACUACAGGGCUUAUCAUGCUGCCAAAGCCUUCGAAGAGUGUUCCAAAAGCUUCAAAGCUGUAUUUGCCCGUCCUAGAGAGCCAAAAGUGCCUUCAGGAGGACAAUAUGAUCCUCCAAUGGAAAGGAUGGGUGGUGGCGGUGGUUGGAUUGGAUACGGUGAUAACGUGAUGCCCAUGGGCGGUAGAGGAGGAAGUGGAGGACAUGGAGAUGCAAGAUUAAUAGCUGCUGUUCAUUCCUCUUUACGUCAAGAACAAGUUUAUAAGUUAUUUGAUAUUGCCCCUGGUCUUGUUGACAUCAGACCUCAAGCCAAUGCUCAAAGAAAUUAUUAUAAUCAGAUUCAAAAAGUUCUUGUUGAAUACAACUGUCCUCAAGCUGCUAGUUAUGCUGCAGAAAAGUUACAUGGAUUUGAAUACCCACCUGGUCAUCGUAUCAGUAUCCGGUCUGCUUCAGGAGACCUUCCACCUCCAUCCCGAGGUGCUCUGUUGCCUAAUACUCCUACCUCCAGAAUGGAUAUGAAUGGAAGUGGCAUGACAACUAUUUCAACAAGUGAACUUGCGACGCUUAAUGCUGCCUUAGCUAAAGCUGAAGCCAUAAUAAAAAACAGAGGUUUGGCACCAAGUGGUUUAAAGUCAGCUGAUGAUGAAACAUUUGAUCCUACAUAUUGUUCGGUGAGACUUCCUCCCCCACAACAAUUAGUUCCUCCACCAGAUGGUCCCACUCACAGGUUAUUUAUUGUCUGUCAACCUGGUCUGCCAUCAAUGUAUGCUCUUCGUGAUAUUUUUGGGAGAUUUGGCAAUCUUGUAGAAGUUUAUACUUUACAUGGAAAGAAUUGUGGUUAUGUUACUUAUGCUACACAAGAAUCUGCUGAGGAAGCUAUAAAAAAACUACAUUUACAAGAGGUAUGUGGAAUGCGAAUGAAAGUAAUGGUUGCUGAGCCUCCAAGAGGUGGUCCUGACCGAUCAGAUAGAAAGAGACUGCGCAUGGACCACGAUUCAGCUGAGGCUUAACAUAUAGAUUUAAUAAAAAAAAUUUACUACGACAGGUGCCUACUAACAGCGGUUUCAAUUCUGUAUAACAAAAACAAAAUUAACAUGGAUAAAUCUAAUUGGAUAUUAUUUCUGGCUCAGGUGAGGCCAUUAAUACCCUAAAAUUCACCGAAUUUCUUAUUUACAAAUUAAAAUACUUUC